AUGAGGAUGGUAACCUUUGGAUUGGGUGCGGUUAUUGUGCUACCUGCGGGUCCCGGAGUUGUCAAUACAACAGCAUUAAGCGACUUGCUGAAACCGACCCGUCACGACACUUGUUUGAUGCGCUGCUCUGCACCCCGUAGGGGCGAGUGUGACAUCGAUGACUCUUCUUCACUGGAGCGACGUAACGCAGGCACCCCGACCGUCCGUCGCAACCCGCUUUUCUGUGGUGAAAAGCGCUCAAAAGUCAACAAACGGUCGAUUUCAAGUUCCGGUCUGAAUGUCUUUCAUUAACUGGUGAACUUGUAGAGGAAAGUGUUCUGAAUGACCACAACAAUGACUGACAGCACGCCGACCUGAGACCUCUCACUACCAUUGGUUGACAAGAAGGGGAAUCAACACAUUUCCCCCCUCCCCUUAACUCUUCGCUGAACUCUUCGAGAAACUUCAGCCACAUUCAACACUUCAGAACAAACCCCUUUGGCCUUCGAGUGACUACCAACAUCACAAGUGGCAACUGGAAAGCCGAUCAGCUGCCCUGCAGCCUUUCAACGGCCACACAAACAGACGCCCGAAGCUGACGCCAAGCUUCAACAACAUGCUCUGCCAACCUCCCUCGAGCGCUCCAACCUUUUGAAGUCCAGGCCCAUCUUCAGAGUCCUCGGCCCGUCUCCUCUUUGUGUGCGCGGCAAAGAGGCACAAAAACAAAACUGACAUUUAGUCCCGACCGGCUAGAGCCACCCCACGCUGUCCGGCCAUGUUCCUACUGCAGACGGUGUGUGUGUGCGUGUGCGUGAGCGUGAGCGUGUGCGUGUCCAUGCAGCACUACCCGGCGGCCUGGGGCCACUAUGACGUCUGUAAGAGUCAGAUCUACACAGAGGAAGGCGUGACGUGGGAUUACAUGGCCUGUCAGCCGGAGGCCACUGACAUGACCAAGUUCCUGUCCGUCAGCCUGGACCCGCCCAACAUCACCUGCGGAGACCCGCCCGAGACCUACUGCGCACUGGAAAAUCCUUACAUGUGCAACAAUGAGUGUGAUGCCACCACAGAAGAACUUGCGCACCCCCCUGAGCUAAUGUUUGAUUUCGAGGGCCGCAACCCCACAACCUUCUGGCAGUCGACGUCCUGGAAGAAGUUCCCCAAACCCCUGGAGGUCAACGUCACGCUAUCCUGGAACAAGACCAUCGAGCUGACUGAUGACAUCAUCCUCACCUUUGAGUCUGGACGGCCUGAACAGAUGCUCCUGGAGAAGUCUUUAGACUACGGUAAAACCUGGACCCCCUACCAGUUCUACGCCACCGACUGUCUCGACGCCUUCAACAUGGACCCCAAAACAGUCAACGAGCUGACCCAGCGAACGCUCCUUGACAUCAUCUGCACAGAGGACUACUCCCGGGGCUACGUGUGGAAGUACGAUAAAACCGUCCGCUUCGAGAUCAAGGACCGGUUUGCGCUGUUUGCUGGGCCGCGGCUGCACAACAUGGCGUCGUUGUACGGCCAACUGGAUACCACCAGGAACCUCCGGGACUUCUUCACGGUGACAGACCUGAGGAUACGGCUGCUGAAACCAGCCACCGGGUCCACCAUAGUAGACGAAAACAACUUGUCCCGGUACUUCUAUGCCAUCUCCGACAUCAAGGUGCAGGGCAGGUGUAAGUGCAACCUGCACUCCAACAGCUGUGUGUAUGACAAGGAGAAAGGCCGGCUGGGCUGUGAGUGUGAACACAACACGACAGGACCGGACUGCGGUCGCUGUAAGCGCCACUACCAUGGACGACAGUGGAGUGUGGGCUCCUACCUGCCCAUCCCUAAAGGAACCGCCAAUAUCUGCAUCCACAGCAGUCACGGACCAGUGAAUCGAGCUAAUGCUUCAUCUCUGGGUGUUGCUAAUCGUAACCAAGCUCGGGUGUGUGACGGUGCCAUGCUUCGCUGCCAGAACGGGGGAACUUGCCACCACCACCAGCGGUGCCACUGUGCUCCGGGUUUCACGGGUGUCCUGUGCGAGAGGGCUCGUUGCCAGGGCCCCGGGCACUGCGAAGAGUACCCAUCAUCUGGACAGGAAUCAGUCCACCACCCCCUUCUUCUCCAUCGCCUCCACCUUUUCCUCCAGGUCUGUCAUGGUCUCCUCGCUCUACUGCUACCCCAGGGGGUCAUGGUUUUCUCAUUCUGCUGAGAAACGAUGUAUCCAUAACAGGUGGCCAGUGAAUUUUGAACUCGAAAUUGGAGAGCUCUAAUUGGAAAGCGCUACUUGGAGAACUCUAACUGGAGAGCUCUAAUUGGAGAGCUCUAAUUUGCCUGGAUGCAUUUUGAAAAGAUUAGAGAAAGACAUCUCUUGGUGGGAUUACAUAUCGGGACUGCUGAAAAUCUUUGGGAAUAGGAUUUUUUGGACUAUCAGGAUCCAGAUGGGUGCAUCCAGGUUCACUUACCAAGGUACAAUGGGCCCCAGUCUGGGGAUAGACCAAGGAACCAUAACCUCAAGGGGGACUUUUUGAGUGCAAUAUGGAGUUUGCUGAUAAACUGGGGGGAUAAAUGAAGAAAUGCUUUUGGUCCAAGGGAGAAACAUACUACAGAUCACAACUGAAAACAAUCUCAUUGUACAAUCUGACAAGGACAGUGCAAUAUGUACUGAGCAAUCUGAAAAACAGCCAAUGACAACAGAAUCUGGCCAAACAAUUUUUGACCGAGAAACACCAUGGACACUGUUGGAAUUCAUCCUCAACAGACAGAAUUCAUCCUCAACAGACAGAAUUCAUCCUCAACAGACAGAAUUCGUCAUCAACAGACAGAAUUCAUCCUCAACAGACAGAAUUCAUCCUCAACAGACAGAAUUCGUCAUCAACAGACAGAAUUCAUCCUCAACAGACAGAAUUCAUCCUCAACAGACAGAAUUCAUCCUCAACAGUCUAGACAGAUGUUGUUCUAUAUCAGCCAACCACACUGACAUUGUAGAAAACAGGAAGUCCUGUGAACUCUGGGUCAGUGGGUGGAGCAACCCCGUGUCCAAAUGUAACGCAAGAAUGUGAGGACUCCUCAAAACAACCUGGUUUGAAGUUUUAUUACACCGUGUCGUGCCGUGAUGUGAACUUAAGUUCAAGCAAUCGUUGUUCACUUAAGGGUUAUGGUUUGGGAAAGGCUUACAGUAAAAAAAAAAAAAUGUACAAAAGAUUUGCUUUGCACUGGGAUUGUCCAUCGUUCCCGCUCCAGAUGGUACAAGUUGCUCCUAGAGGACAAUAUAGCUUCCACGUUCCGCUAGGUCCAAUAAUAAUCCCGUAUCUUUAGGAUCGGCACAUUCUCACAUACUCCCGAAGAAGUGGAUAUCAGACCUGGUUUGUGUCCUUCCCUAUUUCCUCUUCCAUGUUACCUUCCCUUUUGUUCCACAACCGAUAUUCCUUCAACGUGUGCUUUGGUAACUCUUUCAUGAUUUUUGUUAUGCGCUGAGGAAGGUCGUUUUUUUUUUUUUGUUGUCAAAUACUGCACGUUUUAUGUUCCAAGCCCUCUUGAAUAUUGGUCAGCUCGGUGAAGAAGAAUACUGCAGUUUGUUUUUGUGGGAGGAGGAAGCUUCAUUGUCAUGGCAAUGCUUGUUGAGCUCACUUGUAUUGGAUAACACUGAUGUAAUAUAUUGUACUGUAGCUGUAUUUACUUUUUUGUACGAAACAAAAGAUAUUUUCAUGACUUUAAGUAAUGAUAAAGAUGUAUUAAUUUUUGGUUUUGUAUCGUUGCAUCGGCUGGCUUGGGGUGGCAGGGAAACCUUUGAAGAUGUCUACGACUCAGAUUGCAUAAAUAAAUUGUUUUAUUAUUUCUGAUAUUUGUUCUCGACCUGCAGAAACAUGAGUUAACCUAUUUACAGAAACACUGAAAUACAAUACAGU